AUGCAUGUCCGGAGGUCGGUUCCCGCGGCACUCAUCCAAGUCAUUACGUCCACGCGGGCCCCACGAGAUGAAAAAAACGAUGCUCGUUUGCUCGUCGAGAGCGAGUCGUUGAUGUUUUCGAUCGCGAGCGAAAGAAGAGUCGCGCAGCUUUUGAGCGCAGAAAUCGAUAGCUUUUCGUCUACACGCAUUCUAUCCGCGACGAGUUUUCUUAUCGCUCCACGUGUGGAAAAAUGGGACGAAGCUUUCGAAACUGCGGUUAGCGCCUUAUGGGCCGAUCGCUCGAAGAUCGUGCGAAGGAGAUUUCGAGUAGCUGUCUUCGACUGUAUUUUGUCGGGAUGCCGCAAGCGAAAGCACGGUUGUUAUAAACACAAUAGCCAUGAAAAUCUCAGGACAAGAUUGAGAGGCCAUAACAUAAGUGCAGACAAAAGCUUACUCCAUCAAGCACCAUCUCAUAAAAUUACUUCAUCAAUACAUGUUGUUCACUGGAUCAAAAUUACCCAUCAAGAAGAACGAAAUCGUAAUAGAACGAACGGUCUCAAAGAUCAAAACAGAAAUCUGACUGGUAAAACGAAUACAGAAGCAACUUCGAAACCAAGAGAGCUAGAGAAUUCACCUAGAUGCGAGAAUUUUUAA